AUGAGUCUCCAGGGUUUGCUCUGCUUCCCCCUGGGGCUCCUGCUUGGCUCCAUGCUCCUGGCAGCCUCUGCUCCAGCUACUCCGGAGUCCCAGGACUGCAGCAACAAAGAGCAACAGGUCACCGUCAGCCACACCUACAAAAUUGACAUGUCCAAGUCUGCCCUGGUGCAAGUGGAAGCUGAGCCUCAGCCCCUCAGUGACCAUGGGGCCUCUCUCCUGGCUCCAGGGGAGGCUGGGGAGGAACAGAACAUCAUCUUCAGGCAUAAUAUCCGACUUCAGACACCACAGAAGGACUGCGAGCUGGCAGGCAGCGUCCAGGACCUACUGGCUCGGGUGAAGAAGCUAGAGGAAGAGAUGGUGGAGAUAAAGGAGCAGUGUAGUGUCCAUCGCUGCUGCCAAGGCACUGCUGAUCUGAGUCGGUAUUGCAGCGGCCAUGGGACCUUCUCCUUGGGGACUUGCAGCUGCCACUGCGAGCAGGGCUGGGAGGGUGCCGAAUGCGAGCGGCCCUCCUGCCCCGGAGCUUGCAGCGGCCACGGGCGCUGCGUAGACGGGCACUGCCUCUGCGACGAGCCCUACGUAGGGGAUGACUGCGGUUACCCCGCCUGCCCCGAGAACUGUAGCGGGAACGGUGUGUGCGUGCGCGGUGCCUGCCAGUGCCACGAGGACUUCACCUCGGAGGAUUGCAGCGAGCGGCGGUGUCCAGGAGACUGCAGCGGCCACGGCUUCUGCGAUACGGGCGAGUGUUACUGCGAGGAGGGCUUCAAGGGCCUCGACUGUGCCCAGGUGGUCUCCCCCCAGGGCCUGCAGCUGCUCAAAAGCACAGAGGAUUCCCUGCUGGUGAGCUGGGAGCCCUCCAGUGAUGUGGACCACUACCUCCUCAGCUACUAUCCAAUGGGGAAAGAACUCUCUGGGAAGCAGAUCCAAGUGCCCAAGGAACAGAACAGCUAUGAUAUCCUUGGUUUGCUGCCUGGAACCAAGUACAUAGUCACCCUGCGCAAUGUGAAGAAAGGGCUUUCUAGCAGCCCACAGCAUUUACUCGCCACCACAGACCUUGCUGUGGUUGGCACUGCUUGGGUGACAGAUGAGACGGAGAACUCCCUUGAUGUGGAGUGGGAGAACCCCCCAACUGAGGUUGAUUACUACAAGCUGCAGUAUGGCCCCCUUACAGGGCAGGAGGUGGCUGAGGUUACCGUGCCCAAGAGCAGUGACCCCAAGAGCCGAUAUGACAUCACAGGUCUGCGUCCUGGGACCGAGUAUAAGAUCACUGUUGUCCCCAUCAGAGAAGAACAGGAGGGCAAACCAAUUAUCCUGAAUGGCAGGACAGAAAUUGAUGGUCCAACCAAUGUGGUCACAGAUCGAGUGACAGAAGACACAGCAGCAGUCUCCUGGAACCCUGUGCAGGCUGUCAUAGACAAGUAUGUGGUGCGCUACACCUCCACUGAUGGGGAGGCGAAGGAAACCAUGGUGGACAAGGACCAGAGCAGCACUGUACUGACAGACCUGAAGCCGGGAGAGGCAUACAAAGUUCACGUUUGGGCUGAGAGGGGCAACCAGGAGAGCAAGAAAGGCAACACUGAGGCCCUCACAGAAAUUGACAGCCCAGCAAACCUGGUGACAGAUCGGGUGACUGAGAACACGGCCACUGUCUCCUGGGACCCAGUGCAGGCUGUCAUUGACAGGUACAUGGUGCGCUACACUUCUGCCGACGGAGACACCAAGGAUGUUCCUGUGGGGAAGGAUCAGAGCAGCACAAAACUGACAGACUUGAGGCCAGGAGUGGAGUAUACGGUGCAUGUGUGGGCUCAGAAGGGGAGCCAGGAGAGCAAGAAAGUGGAUACCAAGGCCCCAACAGAAAUUGACAGCCCCAAAAAUCUGGUGAUGGACCAAGUGACAGAGAACACGGCUACUGUCUCCUGGGACCCCGUGCAAGCUGCCAUUGACAGGUACAUGGUGCGCUAUACCUCUGCCGAUGGAGAGACCAAGGAGGUCCCUGUGGGAAAGGAUCAGAGGAGCACGGAGCUGACGGGCCUGAUGCCAGGUGUGGAGUACAAAGUAUACGUGUGGGCCCAGAAGGGGAGUCGGGAGAGCAAGAAAGCCGACACUAAGGCCCCAACAGAUAUCGACAGCCCCAGAAACCUGGUGACGGAUCGGGUGACAGAGAACACAGCCACCGUCUCCUGGGACCCAGUGCAAGCUGUCAUUGAUAGGUAUGUGGUGCGCUACACCUCUGCCGAUGGAGAAACCAAGGAGAUCCCUGUGGGGAAGGAUCAAAGCCGCACAGAACUGACGAGCCUGAGGCCGGGUGUGGAGUAUACAGUGUAUGUGUGGGCCCAGAAGGAGAGCCAGGAGAGCAAAAAAGCCAAUACCAAGGCCCCAACAGACAUUGAUAGCCCCCAAAACUUGGUGACAGACCAGGUGACGGAGAACACAGCCACUGUCUCCUGGGACCCUGUGCAGGCUGCCAUUGACAGAUACAUGGUACGGUACACCUCUGCUGAUGGAGAGACCAAGGAGAUCCAGGUGGGGAAGGAUCAGAGCAGCACGAAGCUGACAGGUCUGAGGCCAGGUGUGGAGUAUACGGUGUAUGUGUGGGCCCAGAAGGGGAGCCAGGAAAGCAAGAAAGCCAAUACCAAGGCACUAACAGAAAUUGACAGCCCCAAAAACCUGGUGAUAGACCGGGUGACAGAGAACAUGGCCACUGUCUCCUGGGAUCCAGUGCAGGCCGUCAUUGACAGGUAUGUGGUGCACUACACCUCUGCUGAUGGAGAGACCAAGGAGGUCCCAGUGGGGAAGGAUCAGAGCAGUACGGAGCUGACGGGCCUGAGGCCAGGAAUGGAGUAUACGGUGCACGUGUGGGCCCAGAAGGGGAGCCAGGAGAGCAAGAAAGUGGAUACCAGGGCACUAACAGAUAUAGACCCUCCCAAAAACUUUCAUCCAUCCGGUAUAACACAGUCUGGUGGGAUAUUGACCUGGACACCCCCUUCUGCUCAGAUUGAUGGCUACAUUCUGACCUACCAGUUCCCAGAUGGCACUAUUAAGGAAGUACAGCUUGGACCAUGGGACCAGAGGUUUGAGUCACAAGGCCUUCAGCAAGGUGUCACCUACCCUGUUUCCCUAGUUGCCUUUAAAGGUGAUCGCCGGAGCAGAAGUGUAUCCACCACGCUGUCCACAGUUGGUGCCCGUUUUCCACACCCUUCAGACUGCAGUCAGGUUCAGCAGAACAGCAAUGUUGCCAGUGGCCUGUACACCAUCUACCUGCAUGGUGAUGCCAGCCGACCCCUGCAGGUGUACUGUGACAUGGACACUGAUGGAGGCGGCUGGAUCGUCUUCCAGAGGCGGAACACUGGGCAGCUGGAUUUCUUCAAGCGUUGGCGGAGCUACGUCGAAGGCUUUGGGGAUCCCAUGAAGGAAUUCUGGCUUGGACUUGACAAGCUACACAAUCUCACCACUGGCUCUCCUUCUCAGUAUGAGGUGAGAGUGGAUUUACAGACGGCCAACGAGUCUGCCUAUGCUGUGUAUGAUUUCUUCCAAGUGGCCUCCAGCAAGGAGCGGUAUAAGUUAACCGUUGGGAAAUACAGAGGCACAGCAGGGGAUGCUCUAACUUACCACAAUGGAUGGAAGUUUACCACUUUUGACAGAGACAAUGACAUUGCCCUCAGCAACUGUGCCCUGACGCAUCAUGGUGGCUGGUGGUACAAGAACUGCCAUUUGGCCAACCCCAAUGGCCGAUAUGGGGAGACCAAGCACAGUGAGGGAGUGAACUGGGAGCCAUGGAAAGGACAUGAAUUCUCCAUUCCUUAUGUGGAGUUGAAAAUCCGCCCACAUGGCUACAGCAGUGAGCCUCUCCUGGGCAGAAAGAAGAGGACACUUGGAGGAAAGACAAGAACAUUCUGA